AUGAGAGAAAGUAAACCAAAUAUUGUCGAUAGUAGAGGCAGUGAUAAUUCUAGAGAUGUGGAACUGCUUGCUAUUUUGGAAAGAGAAGAGAAACAAUAUCCCAUGUGGUGGUCGCACGACAGCAUCAUGCGCACCUUCUACCACCUCCCGAACAAGGCUCUAUGGAAUUGCUACAUUUGCGCCAUAGUCCUGGUAGCGUUGGUCCUGGUGGCCACAGUCAAGCUGAAGGGAUCUCUCGUGGACUGGAUAUAUAACGUGUCAUAUACGAUUCAUGUAUUGGCCAUUCUGUGCCAAGUGCUGGGACGGUUGCAGUAUUCGUAUAUCGAUUUUUGGACCGCUGUUAGUUUUCUGAUGGAUCUGUUCACGUAUUCUCACUACAUGGUGCAAACGGGUGAUUUUGAGCUCUAUGAGAUUCUCUGCUAUUACAUGCGCCUGCACAGACCGUUGAGAUAUCUCUGGUCGUUAAACAACGAGAGUAUGAAGGGAAGUGUUUUGGGCACUACACUGAAGUACUGCUACAUAUUCCUUGUGUUGAGAGUGACAUGGGCUCUCAUCUGGUUACGCUUGGGCAUCUUUUCAGAUGUAUAUAAUAGAGAAAGAAAAGCCAAUGUGCGACAGCUUUAUAAACCAGGAAAGAAACAAGCGAGCGAACCAAUACAGUUCAUAAUCGUCUUUUAUAUUUUGAAUAAGAUGUUUAUACCAAUUGGGACAUCUGUAUUACCAAUGAAUGACGGGGAACGCAUCGCGUCCCUACUAGUUAUGCUGACCGGAUGCUUUGUGGUGACGGGGGUGGCGGUGGCCUCUCUAUCCCUGGUCAUAAGCCUGUAUAUGAGACCAGAGGAAACUUUCCGGUCGAGAUAUAGACUGAUUAUGAAGGAAAUGAAAGACUCCCACGUUCCACCAGGCCUGCGUCACAAAGUGGAGACGUUUUAUAAGAUGUACUGGCAUAAACAGCGCGCAGUGUCUGCCACACGACUGCUGCCGAUAUUUCCGCCUACCCUCGUUGCCACCAUUUAUACCGAUAUUUACUUUAGGGCUACGCAAAAGAGUCGUAUUCUACGCGAGCUUUCAUAUCAGUUCUUAUCAGAAUUGGCGAAGAAAAUGCAAACGAUUCACUACAUACCCGGCGAUGCUAUAAUAAAGAGAAAUACUAAGAAAUCCUCUAUUAUUUACGUUACUUAUGGUGAUGUAGAGAUGUUAACAGCAGAAGACGACUCGACAGCGAUACUACGCAUGACGCGCGGCACGAUCCUUUCCCCAUACGCAGGGUGCGUGGCGGCGUGCGGGCGUGCGCACGUGGACAUCCGCGCCGCGACCUUCUGCGUCGCGCACGUACUGCACGCGGCCGAGCUGUGGAGGACGGCGCUGCGGUACGGCCAGGGCAGCGUUAUACUGGGCGCGUUCUAUGAUCAUUUCGAGAGAGUCAAACGGCACUAUUUGUGGAAAAAUCCUGAAGUUGCACCAUUCAAGAGCAGUAUUUUGCAUUUCAAAAGGAAAUUGUUAGAGUUGAAAAAAGCUAAGGAUGAGAACGAAUUGCCUCAGCUUGCGAAGACAGACGUGAUGAUGGAAAUUGCUGGAUCUUAUGUGAUGAGAAAUAGGGCAGACGCAUCACUCACGGAGGAAUCCGACGCCAUAUGCCUCCGCACGACGUUUCCUUGCAUCCUGCAGCCAUCAUCCUCGCUGCUGGUGGCCUGGCACUCGUUCGUCACUUGCUUGAUAGUAGCUGUUUGUAUUACUCAUCCGUACUAUAUGGUGUACAAGAAAGAGAUUCCAAUAGGAUUCCGAUUCUACGACUACGCUGUGACCACCGUUUUCAUAUUCGACCUAAUAGUCCACCUGUCCACUGGAGAUAAUGUUGAAGAUGGUGUACCAAUAACUCUUGCGCAAACAGCAUCCCAGCAGGCACGAAGCCGUUGGUUCCUUCUCGAUGUGCUUGCUACUUUACCCAUUUUUGAGUUCAUAAAAGAUGGCCAUUUUGCUGGAAUGAACAAAGUCGCUCGAUUACAUAAGGUGUUCCGCAUGCUAAAGGCGGUGGAGGACGAGUGCGUGUACCACAGCAACCUGCUGCGCUUCUUCUCAUAUUCUUUGCUGCUUCUGAUCGCCUGCUACUUGCUAGCCGCCCUGCAGCAGGGCUUUAUGUGCUAUGGUUUCGGCUACUGCCUCGUGAAGAAUAUAACACACUCGCCAUUCUGGAAAGCUGAGCCACUGGACGAUACAGUCGAGAGCAGACUCACGUUCAGCCUCUACUGGUCCAUAUCAAUGAUUACUUUUACAUCACAUAUGGAAGAUGUCGGCCCUGGGAAUGAAGAAAAUGUUAUCUACAUCAUGCUGGUACUCGAGCUGUGUAUAGUUUUACACAUCUUCAUGGAAGCUGUCUAUUCUGCUACUAUUAUGGUCACUACUGCUAUGAGGGAGAAUUAUGACGCAUGUAUUGAAAAUGUGACAAACUUUUUGAGACGUAAUGAGGUCGAACCAAUUCUGAUACACCGCUUCAAAUCUUAUUUGGAACUCUGCUGGUAUACCGAUAAGGCAUAUUCUAUGACAAAUAAGAGGAAGUCGAUAUUCCACGACUUGCCACCACACGUGCACCAGGACAUCGUAACGAGGCAGAGGAGUAAAUAUAUGCUGUGCAUACCGUUUAUGAAGUUCCUUCAUAAAGAGGAAUUGAAAACCAUAUCGUCAAACGCGCGGCUCUUCUGUUCGUGUCCAAAUGAAAUACUUCUGAGCACUGGGGACAUGUCGAAUGAGAUGUACGUCAUCAAGCAGGGCAUUUGUGAGGUACUGUGUCCAGUUACCAAGACGGUGGUUGGAGAGUUAUCUGCCAGAAAUCAUUUUGGAGUCGUCGCUUGUUUAUUGCGAUUACCAACCUUUUACACAAUUCGAGCAGUGACGCACGUGCAAGUAUUUUCUCUAUCACGGAAGUAUUUACUGAACGCUAUCGAGAUACCCCAAAUAAAGGAUGCCAUUGAUCACGUCAAAGAAUUGCCUGAAUACGAGUAUUUACAAACCCCGUUCCCACCCUUCGUUUGGUACGAGCCCGCGCCACCCACGCCUUGUGUGGAGCGCUUCCCAUUGCCGAGGAAACAUGAGAAAGAUUUCGCGUUCCUGCAUCCUUUUAAUAGACUUGGCUUCUUGUCUGUUCUGAGAUACAUCUUCCCACGCUUCACGAUCCGCCCUGACGGGCCGUACCUCGCCCGCUACGAGUGGCUGCGCGCCGCGUGCGCGCUGCUCAGCGCCGCGCUGUUCCCCGCGUACGCGUACCUGAAGGAGUAUUGGGGCUUCGUCGAGACCGUGGGCAACGUGCUCGACCUAGCCGCUUAUUUGGAUAUAUUGCAACGAAUCCUCGUGGGCUACUACAACGAAAAGGGCUUGCUGGUGUACCACCCCGCGAGCACGGCCGCUCACUAUUUGAAGGGCACCUUCCUGAUUGACCUGCUUGCCUGUCUGCCACUUGAAAAACUGGAGCUGAACGUUAAGGAAACGUAUGAGGGUCAAUACCAUCUGCGGCCCAUGUCACAGUACUUGUGUCUGAACCGUUUGAUCCAGCUCUACCGGACGCCCAGUGCACUCAUCAGCCUUAAGGGAUAUGUUCGACGGGACAUUAUUAUUGUUUUGAAAGCGAUUCCGCCGUUUCUGGCACUAUUGAACGUGCUGACCUGCCUCAUCAUCUUUAACUCUGUCAAACUGCUUGAGUCUAAAGAGGGCAAAAAGUUCAUACCUUUCAAUGACGAUGGUGGAUCAAUAUUGAAUUUGAAUACAGUCCGUUUCAACAUAACCGAGAAUCCUUGGAACCUGCACUUGGCGUCGUACUUCUGGGCGGUGUACGAGACCACCAGCACGGGUUACGGCACGUUCAACCCGACCAACUUCUCGCUGAUGAGAAUUCUUAUCGCUGGCAUGAUUAUUGGAGCGAUGAUAACAACAUACUUCUCUGUGCGGAUAAUCAGCACGCGCUCGAACGUCAACAAGUCGCUGGCGUCAUUCCAGCAGCACAUUAAGGACAUCGCUCGGUUCAUGAAGCGGGAGAACUUGGACCCCCGGCUUAAGAAACAAGUGCUCGAGUAUUACAAGCACAAGUGGGAUAGAAUGGCGGGCAUGGACUACCGGAAAGUGCUGAAACUGUGCGAUCAAAUUACAUUACGCACGGAUGCUAUAUUACACAUCUAUGGCCCUACGUUCUCUAAGUGUCCCAUAGUGAAUAAAUGUGAAGUAUCGUUAUUACGUAUGAUCGGUCGAGCUGUGCGCACGCUACAUUUCCUAAAAGACACUAAAAUUAUUUCCCGCGACGAUGUCGUCACAGACCUGUAUUUCGUUGACCAGGGCGUGCUUGAAGUACGAUAUGAAGAUAUGGAGAGUGUUCAGUUGGGGAAAGGAAGCAUUUUUGGGAACUUAAGCUAUGUGGAAUCUAAUCGAUCCCCAGUGGAAAUAAUAUCAAUCAGCCAAGUUCAUCUUCUCCAUAUAAAUACAUUAAUAUUCCAUGGUAUUAUUGCUGAUUUUCCAAUUGUCAUUGAUGAAUUAAUGGCUCGUUUAAAGUAUAAUCAGAAUUACGUCAUUGGUUUGGAGGAAAUUAUAAAACCAGAUAAAAAAGAACUCUCAACUUACCAUAUGGUCAGACUCGGCCAAAGAUUCCUCAAUUACACCCUCCAUAAGACAUCUUUAGUCCAAAUUUACUUGAUCACCAUAUCUCUUGCGUGCAUCUACACCGAUGUAUACAACGCUGGCUAUCAAGAUAAUAGAACUAGUCUCAUAAUUUGUCUGUACUUGAUGGAUUUAGGGUUCUCCUGGAAGUUCUUAAUUAAAUAUUUUCUGCCGCACUCUGUUGAUCAGAAUAAUGACUUUUCUUCCAUUUUCUUCAAGGUGACCGUCUACAAGUGCCUUCAGAAGCGCCAAGAAAGCAUCUCCUCCAACCUGAUCCUCACCACCACCAUCUCGGUAUUUAUCUGGAUGACCCUGUUCAUCCACGUGUCGGCUUGCUGCUGGUACUUCAUUGGGGUUAUGGAAGAGAACGCUGAAGUUGGUUCAUCAUGGUUUUACAACGAGGAUGGAUAUUAUCUAUGUUGGAACAAAUACAUCUGCUCGUUGUACUUUGUGCUGACCACGUUCACACAGAAUGGUGUUGGUGACAUCUUGCCCAAGAAACAAUCAGAAGUGAUAUUUGUAUCGGUUCUGCAAAUGCUCUCCAUCAUGAUAUACAUGAUCUACGUGGGAGAGUUUUCCAACAUUAUACAGUAUUACUCAUUCCGCUCGUUUGGUUAUUAUUGCAAGAUAAUGGAGCUACAGGAAUUCUUAAAGAACAAUCGCGUAUCAAGAAACCUCGUUAAUCUGGUUCACAAAUACUCUAUACACCUCUGGACCGAGUCUCGUGGGGUCCAGCUACCAAUCUUCUUGAAAAAAGCACCAAAUUGUAUCAAACUUGAGGUGAUGUCGGCGGCUUAUUUGCAUCAUCUUUGUGCGCAUCCUAUAUUUAGGCAGUGUGAGCCAGUGUUCCUGCGGCAGCUGGUUGGAUGCUUUCAGCUUUACACGUAUAAUAAAGGAAUGCCAGUGGUCAAAGAAAAUGAGAGAACAGACAGCAUGUAUUUUGUACACUCGGGUCGAGUUUUGGAAACUUGUGAAAGCGACAGCACCACACGACUGUACUUCGCUGGAGAGAGCUUUGGAACUAUAUAUGGUCUUAUCCACAACCUGCCUUACGCGUAUUCCUACAUUACCGUCAUGAAGUCUCAAGUUUUGAGUCUCUGCCUUGGAGACUGGAUCAAUUUAUUAUCACAUUUUCCUGAUAGCAGGGAAAUAAUUGAAAAAUCUUUGAAGUUUGAUGACAGUUCCCCUGGUAGUAAACCAGAUCGAUCCAGAAAAGAGCGCAAAGUAACAAUUGCAGAAAAUACUGUAAGGAUCACGCCAGAGAAACCUUCCACAUCCGAGACAAAGACAGAAGAAGCACUCUUACAUGAAGAAAAACAACAAACAAUUCUAGAUUAUCUACCACCUAUAGAACCAUUAGAUCAUGAUGAAACUGUCGAUUUACCUGAAAAUUAUUUAUGGCCAACAGACAACAGGCGACAUUCCCUUGAAGAUGAAAAGACUUUAACAGAAGCAACUGAUAACGAUCAGUUAGAUUUAGAAGUGACUCAGAGUGAGUCAACAGAUCUUCCAAAAAUUAAUAUAACAGAUCAAGAUUUACUAAAUGAAGAAGUUCAGGAAGCUACUGAUGCGUUACUUGCUAAACUAGAAGGUACCGAUACAUCAACUGAUGAAAAACGAAGAACACGAUCAUUCGUCAUUGAAAAACUAAAACGAGAGAUAUCUGAAGGAAUUUUGGAAGAAUUAACUCACAUGAAAAGUGUUGAAGACUAUAUUUUAGAAAGAUAUGGUGAAGACACCAUAGUGGAAGAACCUACUGAAACAACUGUAGGUGUUGAUGAUGUCCAGCCAACAUCAACAGCUCGUUUAAAGCACAGUGUACACGUUCGUUAUGGCGAAAAUACGGAAGACACGAAACACGCAACACUGGAUUCUCAUGAAAUAAAACCUAUCCGAGAUUUAUCUACGAAUGAGAAGAAUUUUAAUUCCCUUGAUAGUGACAUAGAUCCAAAUGUUGUCAUUGAAACAGAUAGCAUGGAGUCAACGGAAACAUUAAUGGACAGUGACAGUGAGUCAAGUAUAGGCGAGGAGAUAAUAAAUUUAAAGAAGAAGAAGAAGAAGAAGAAAAGUUAA